GCGAGACGGGAAGGUUGUGCUGGUUUGCGACGCGUAUUCGUCACGACAUAAACAAUGCCCAUCGGACAUGUUUCCGUAAAAUCGGUGAAUAAAACUUGUACUUUUCCGACGAGAUCACAACGCCACGCUUAAAUGCUCGCCGGACACGGUUUUCGGUUUUGUUGUUUUCUUUUGCGCGUUUUCGUCCCCAACCAGAAGCCGGCCGUCAAACAAACUGUUCGACAUUAGCCAGACAGAGAGCGCAGCGUAGAAAAUCCAAUUAACUGACAAAUAAAUUUUCGUUUUUAUCCCGGGUUUUGUGUUUAGUGACCACGUGCAAACAUGAUUGCCGGCAAACAAAAUAAAAUGACAAUGGCUAAAUUUAUUUGUGCGUCCGUAUUCAUGGAUUAUUUGCUUUUAGUAGUGGUGGUAACUGGCGAUUUUGAAAACAGCUGGACGAUGUACAUGGAACAACCGUGUUGUUCCGGUAACGCUAACCACCACGUCAGGCAUCAUAGAGAUCAUGUACGAGAAUUCUCCUGCGGCAUGAUGUACUACCGAACAUUUCACUUAGAUGUUAAACGAGACGCCCUCUACGUUGGUGCAAUGGAUCGCGUAUACAAGCUCAACCUAAGCAACAUCAAUCAGUCAAAUUGUGAGAGAGAUGCCUUAAACCUAGAACCAACGAACGUAGCAAAUUGUGUAUCGAAAGGAAAGUCCGAGCACUUCGACUGUCGAAAUCACGUUCGUGUCAUCCAAUCAAUGGGAGAUGGAGAACGACUCUACGUAUGCGGGACAAACGCACACAAUCCGAAAGAUUGGGUUAUUAACGCAAAUUUGACUCACUUGAGUCGCAACACCUUCGUCCCGGGUAUCGGUAUGGGGAUCGCCAAGUGUCCAUAUGACCCCGCGGACAACUCUACCGCGGUAUGGGUAGAACGGGGCAAUCCGGGAGAUCUACCCGGACUAUACUCAGGAACCAAUGCCGAGUUCACGAAAGCCGAUACGGUAAUCUUCCGUACUGACUUGCAUAAUUUAACUACAGGCAGAAAAGAAUACAGCUUCAAGAGGACUUUGAAAUACGAUUCCAAGUGGCUGGACAAGCCGAAUUUCGUGGGCUCAUUCGACAUCGGUGAUUUCGUUUUGUUCUUCUUCCGGGAAACUGCGGUCGAAUACAUCAAUUGUGGCAAGAGCGUCUACUCACGGGUGGCGAGGGUCUGCAAGAGGGACACGGGCGGCAAGAACAUCCUGUCGCAAAAUUGGGCGACGUAUCUCAAAGCGCGACUGAAUUGCUCGAUUCCCGGCGAAUUCCCGUUUUACUUCAAUGAAAUCCAAAGCAUAUACAAAGUACCAGGGGACGACACAAAGUUCUACGGUACAUUCACCACGUCCACGAACGGCCUCAUGGGGUCCGCUAUUUGUUCGUUUAGACUGAUAGACAUUCAGGUCGCCUUUAACGGCAAAUUCAAAGAACAGGCGUCGUCCUCGUCGGCAUGGUUGCCCGUACUGACUAGCCGGGUGCCGGAACCCAGACCGGGAACGUGCGUGAACGAUACGGAAACUCUUCCCGACACUGUGCUCAAUUUCAUGAGAUCCCAUCCGCUGAUGGACUCGGCUGUAAUGCACGAAAACGAGAAACCGGUUUUCUUCAAGAGAGAUAUAUUUUUCACCAGGCUGGUCGUCGACAAAAUACGAGUUGAUAUCGGGGGAGCAAGCCUGGACUAUACGGUCUAUUACGCCGGAACAAACGACGGCAGGGUGCACAAAAUAGUAGAAUGGACGAAAGAGAACGACGGUCCCUCGUCGAUCUUACUGGACGUGUUUGACGUCACGCCCGGAGAACCGAUACAAGUAAUGGAGAUCUCUAAAGGGCACAAAGCUCUCUACGUGGCGUCCGAUUUUAGAGUGAAACAAGUAGAUUUAGUAAUGUGCAACCGCAGAUACGAUAAUUGUCUGAGAUGCGUUCAUGAUCCAUAUUGCGGUUGGGACAAAGACUCAAACAUCUGCAAGCCUUAUACCCUUGGGUUACUGCAAGAUGUCUCCAAUAGUACCAUCGACGUAUGCGAUAGCAGUGUAGUUAAGAAAAAAAUGAUCGUCACAUGGGGUCAAAGUCUGCAUCUGGGGUGUUUUCUAAAAAUGCCGGCCGUACUCGCCUCACAGACUAUAACCUGGUACCACUACUCGAAAGAGAAAGGGCGUUAUAAGAUCCAGUACAGCCCCGAUAAGUACAUAGAGACCUCGGAACACGGACUCGUUAUAAUAUCCGUUACCGAGGCGGAUGCUGGACGUUACGACUGUUGGAUGGGGGCAUCAUUGCUCUGUUCGUACAACGUUACGGUAGAUGCACACCGUUGCUCGCCGCCAGCGAAGAGCAAUGACUACCAGAAGAUCUAUUCGGACUGGUGCCACGAAUUCGAGAAAUACAAGUCCGCGAUGAAAACCUGGGAGAGGAAGCAAGCGCAGUGUGCCACGAGACAAAACAACAGUAACCAAAACAGUCACCCAAAUGAGAUUUACCGACCUCUAGUGUGAUAGCUGAUUGAGCGCGGUCCACUUGCAUUGACGUACUUCGGGAUCCCUUUACAUUGGACGCUCGUUUUGUUUGUGUAAAAAUUGAGUUUCAGCAUACAAAGACGUUAGUUUUUUUUAGGUUAGCGUACGGGGGAGCGUUGCUGUCUGAUAAAUAUUUUCAAAUGCCUGCAAACUAAAGCGUCGCGUAGCCACACUUCAAUUUCGUCAAGUUACGUUAAAAUAUUUUUUUAUCGACAGCACCUCGUACUUUAUGAUAUAAAGUGCCCCAUUUAUAUAAGCGUUAGUUAAUUUUAGUAUUUCGUUCUCUUAUAUUAAAACGUAUCGUGCUUGGAUAUGAGCUUAUAAUUAUUCUUAAUUUCGCACAUUAUUAAAGGUUGUUUAGGAUUAUUUUAUAUCCUACGAAAUGAAAGUAUUUUUACAAAGAAAAAAAGAUUUAAUUUGUAAGCAUUAAUUGUUGACUGUAAACUUAUUAGCGUUUAAAGGUAAUUCGAUUUAUGGAAAAAUAAAAAAAAUGCAUCUAAAUAUUGUAGAUCUGUGAUAUACAUGUAUUGUAAACUUAGCGUCAAAAGAAAUUCACUUAUUUUAGUAAUUCGACGACUGGGGAUGAAUGUUUCGCAAAACAAUCAGCUUCUGUGUAAAAACAAAUUCGGACCAAGGUGAACUGGAACUUUUAAUUUUUGCGACGACAAAAAAAAAUGUAAAAUUUCGCGCGUAUUCAAAGCAAUACUUUUCCCGAUUGCAUGUGUUGGUCCUUUUAAUAAUAAUGUCAAUAUGUGCUGAAAAAUGGUUUAUGCAUCGUUUACUGCACCUGACCUUUUUGUAAACAAGCGUAAUUUUUCAAGGAGCGCAACUACUCUUAGAUUGUGACUUUACAAACGAGUAAUCGCAGUUUUUUUUUUACAUUAAGGACAAUCAGACGCCAUUCGCUGUUUUAUUUCUAUGGUAUCCUUGGCAAAAAAAAAAGCACUGAUACUCAUUUAUUUUAAAUAUUAGACUUAAAUACUUUAGUAGUUUUAAAGACUUGACAGAUCGUAUGAGAAAGAAUAAUUCGCCUAUAAUUAGUGCGCCAAACCUUACUUUUUAAGUUUUUAUUCCCCCGAGCGAAAUUACUUUUGAAUCUGGCAAUUUGAGUGUGUUAUAAAAAACUUAUAUAGCUGACAAAUGUUGACUCCUUCAAAUGAUAAUGUUUAAAAUAGUUUUCAGUUUGUAGAAACGAUAUUUCCUUGUAAAUACCUAUGUAUAGUUAACCUAAAACUAUAUUGUAUUAAAAAGUAGCCAUCCACUAUAUGAAUUAAUUAUGAUUUUGUUUCCCUAAUUUCCAUCUUAAUUUUUAAGUGUAAGCAACCGGUCUUGGAUGAUAACAGUUUUGUUUUGGAUUCAUUUUAGAACUGAUUCUGAACGCUUCUAGAACGAUUCCCAGAUGCAUAGUAGUAUUAAAUUCCCAAAGCGCAUGUGCGAAUCGUCCCACAACUCUUCUAAAAUUUAACCCAAACAAAACUAAUUUUGACUUGAGCAAACAUUUUGCUGUAGAAAUGAUGAAGUUUUCUAUAGAAAUUAUGUUUAAGAGUUUUAUAACUACCAAUCAAUAGUCGUAUACUCUCAGAUAUGUCACAUGUUAGAACUACAACUGAUUAUUAUAUAAUUGAUUUUAAAAUGAGGUAAAAUAAAAUACAUAUCUUUGAACUGCAAUAAUAAUCUGACAUUAUUUUCUAUGUUCCUUUCAUUUAAAAUUUUGUAGUUAAGCAUUCUUGUUACGAAUUUAAAGUGUAGAUUUUCAUACUACUGCAGACGCACUUCCGUGAAGUGUCCAUCCGCAUUCAAUGCCCCAGCUAAUACAUGAACUUCAUAUAUUAGUUAGGGCAUUUGUGUAUUACCUAACUAUAGGAAAUAACAUUAAAAUAGAACUUAAUUAACAUUUCCUUGUUAAGUACUAGCAUUUAGAUUUUAAUUUUAAUUUAUUCCUUGGGUUUGUUUCGAUUUAGUUUGGCAUUAUGAAAACUGACAGAGAGAUCUUUAUAGCGGCUCACAUUUUAAAAACGAUUCUGUUAAAGUUAUAAAUCACAUAUUAUACCAACUACUUCUCCUUGUAAACAACAUUGUAAAUAUAACAGAAAUAGAUUUAUAAUGCUAUAGCAAUGAAAAACCCAAUGUAAAUUGUAAUGGUGAUGUUGCUAUAAGUGCUCUCCAACUAUUACAAAUAAACAUAAUAUAAAAUUA